AUGAUUUUUAAAGUAAUUGUUACGUGCAUCCUUAUAAACAUUUUGCAUAUUUGGAAUGUCAAUGCUCACGGCAAACUUAUGGACCCAGUGGGUAGAUCAUCUGCUUGGAGAAAAGGGUUCAACGUUACGAAAAAUUUCAGUGACAACGAACUUUUCUGUGGUGGCUUUGCGGUCCAGUAUGAAAAAAAUAAGGGGAACUGCGGACCAUGUGGUGACGAUUGGUCCAAACCUCGACCAAGAGAUAAUGAAAAUGGUGGCACCUACGGCCAAGGAGUGAUCGUUAGUCGUUAUAAAGAAACACCACAACCAAUACCCUUGAUGAAUAAACGUUACUAA